ACCCCCUUCGACAAGGAAGGUUUAUAUUUAAAUACUAGAACAUUUCUGUUCAUACCACAUUCGAUCGAUGCAGAUUGUUGACGAUAUGUAGUUGAGGAGUUGGGGGAUGACUUGUUAACAUACAUAUUGGUGAAACAGUUAAUCAUCAUGUCGCUUAUCAAUCAUGUACGUGUACCCACCCUGAAGGAUAUGGAAAGUGGAAUCCUUGAGACAAAACAUAAUGUUGCUUUGUUCAAUGCUUAUCUUCUUAGUUUGAUCGAAAGGGCAGAAUUCGGAGAUGGCUUGGACAGACAACAAGAGUUUGACAGAGUUAAUAUUAACAAACUGAUAGAAAAGGUCUCAGGACUUGUAUUGGAGUCGGAUCGACUGAAAUUAAACUUGCAGAAAUUCAACGACAUCUGUAAGGAAGAUUCAAAACAAGGUGAAAGAAUUAGCAAACCUAUCCAGGAAGUAGGAUCACCGACCCAGAGGGAUAGCGCAGAGAUGGUCACAAAAAGAGGAAAACAGACGUCAAAACAUCCAUCAUCGAAGACGGACAGUGGUAUCAGCAUGGACGACAGACUGUCCAGACCAGAUUCAGCUGCUUCUAACCAGUCUUUACCCCCCACAGCAGAAGCCUGUGAAACAGAUGAUUAUGAUAAGGAUCCUCUAGAUCCCAGACUAUCAAUACGUACAGAGAAUCUUUUAACCACCCAAGCAGAAACUGCUUCUAGUCGGCGUGUCGGCAGAACUCAUGGCCAGAGAGAGACACAUAAGCCAACGAAAAAGGCUUCAACAUUAUAAUGCAGAAAACCUAUUCUCUAUUGUUGGUAAAUAUUUUAAGCGUAAUUUUCGUAGCGAGAACUUUUGUAAUAUUCCCGCCAUAUUUCUCAACGGUGGAAAGGUGAACAUUCCGUGUUUGUUUCCUACGCAUGAUUACUUACCUCCAAUAAUAAUGAUAUUAUAGGCCAGUAAUUGGAUGAAAAUAAGGAUAUCCAAUCAUGGAAAAGUAAUCAAGGGUGCUACUCAAAUUUGAUACUGUCGAUGAAAAGUUCAUUUAUUUCAAUAUUAUAUCAUUUAACAUGGGUUUCAACAUAAAAAAUAUUGACCAAUUCUGUUUGAUUAUUGAUUGUUGAAUUACAACAUUUGUUUCAUCAGAAUGAUAACAAUUUCUACAUGCUAAUGAGUUACACUCGUUGAAUACUUGUUGGGCUGUUUAAAAGUUGUGUAUAUUUUCAUAAAUAUUACGACUUAGUUAUUACAUUUGUAAAUAUAAUUGUUUUAUUAUCUGUAAAAAAAAAAAAAAAAAUGCAAUGUGAUAUAAUGUAAUGUGCAAUAAAUUUUCGUUAAGAUUCA